AUGUUUGAAGCAAAACUUCCACAAGCAGCUACUCUCAAGAAAGUUGUUGAUGCUAUCAAGGAUUUGGUUCAAGAUGCUCCAUUUGAUUGUAGUGAAACAGGCAUGAGUCUUCAGGCUAUGGAUUCAUCCCAUGUUGCAUUGGUUUCUCUAAAAAUGGAUGUAUCAUUGUUUGACACAUAUCGCUGUGAUAGAACUAUCAAUGUUGGUUUAUCUUUGGCUACAAUGGCUAAGGCUCUUAAGUGUGCAAACAAUGAUGAUUCUUGUCACAUUCGUCAUGACGAUGAUGACCAUGACAACGUUACUUUUACUUUUAAAGAUGCCAAGAAAGAAAGAACACAAGAAGUUACUGUACGCUUGGUUGACCUAGACAAUGAACAUCUUGGAAUUCCUGAACAAGAGUACAGCGUUGUCCUUCAAAUGCCCUCAUCUGAUUUUAUGAAAACUUGUAAGGACCUUUCUAUGUUUUCUGAUACAUUAUGUAUUGCUGCAAACAAGUCAUCUAUUGAAUUUAGCGCUACCGGAGACAAUGGGUCGUCAAAGGUUACAUACAACAAAUCAUCAUCAUUGGAUGAUGAUGAAGAAAAUGGCGGAGGUAUCGUUCUUGAGGUCAAAACACCGGUGAAGAUUAAUUUCUCUAUUAAAUAUAUGAAUCAAUUUACUAAGGCAACACCACUUGGAGAGGUAGUAAAAAUUUCUAUGUGCAAUGGUGUACCAGUUAUUGUGGAGUAUCCAUUUGGUUCUGAUGACCGAAGCUCAUUGUCAUUCUUUUUAGCCCCCAAGAUCGAUGAUGAUGUGAAAAUGGAAGCUUAA